CCGGGCAUGCCGCUCGGAGCGCCGCGGUCCUCGUGCGAGUGAGCGCACCGCCGCCGCAGCCAUGACGGUGGAGUUCGAGGAGUGCAUCAAGGACUCGCCGCGCUUCAGGGCUACUAUUGAUGAGGUGGAAACUGACGUGGUGGAGAUCGAGGCAAAACUAGACAAGCUGGUCAAGCUGUGCAGUGGCAUGAUCGAGGCUGGCAAGGCCUAUGUCACCACCAACAGACUCUUCGUGAGUGGUGUCCGAGACCUGUCCCAGCAAUGCCAGGGCGACACCGUCAUCUCGGAAUGUCUGCAGAGAUUUGGAGACAGCCUGCAGGAGAUGGUCAACUACCACAUGAUCCUGUUCGACCAGGCCCAGAGGUCUGUGCGGCAGCAGCUCCACAGUUUUGUCAAAGAGGAUGUGCGGAAGUUCAAGGAGACCAAGAAGCAGUUCGACAAAGUUCGAGAGGACAUGGAGCUGUCCCUCGUGAGGAAUGCCCAGGCCCCACGGCACCGUCCUCAUGAGGUGGAGGAGGCCACAGGUGCCUUGACCCUCACCCGGAAGUGCUUCCGUCACCUGGCACUGGAUUAUGUGCUCCAGAUCAACGUCCUCCAGGCCAAGAAGAAGUUUGAAAUCUUGGAUUCUAUGCUGUCCUUCAUGCAUGCCCAGUACAGCUUCUUCCAGCAAGGCUACAGCCUGCUGCACCAGCUGGACCCCUACAUGAAGAAGUUGGCAGCCGAGCUAGACCAGCUGGUGAUCGACUCAGCAGUGGAAAAGCGGGACAUGGAGCGGAAGCACGCUGCCAUCCAGCAGCGGACGCUGCUGCAGGACUUCUCCUAUGAUGAGCCCAAAGUGGAGUUUGAUGUGGACGCGCCCAGCGGUGUGGUGAUGGAGGGCUACCUCUUCAAGAGGGCCAGUAAUGCCUUCAAGACAUGGAACCGGCGCUGGUUCUCCAUCCAGAACAGCCAGCUGGUCUACCAGAAGAAACUCAAGGACGUGCUGACCGUGGUGGUGGAUGACCUCCGUCUGUGCUCUGUGAAGCCAUGUGAGGACAUCGAGCGGAGGUUCUGCUUUGAGGUCGUGUCACCCACCAAGAGCUGCAUGCUGCAGGCUGACUCAGAGAGGCUGCGGCAGGCCUGGGUUCAAGCCGUGCAAGCCAGCAUUGCCUCUGCCUACCGGGAGAGCCCAGACAGCUGCUACAGUGAGAGGCUGGACCGCACGGCAUCUCCAUCCACGAGCAGCAUCGACUCUGCUACGGACUCUCGGGAGCGCAGUGUCAAGGGCGAGAGUGUGCUGCAGCGCGUGCAGAGUGUGGCCGGCAACAGCCGGUGUGGGGACUGUGGCCAGCCGGACCCCCGCUGGGCCAGCAUCAACCUGGGUGUGCUGCUGUGCAUUGAGUGCUCAGGCGUCCACAGGAGCCUGGGUGUCCACUGCUCCAAGGUGCGGUCCCUGACUCUGGACUCGUGGGAGCCAGAGCUGCUGAAGCUGAUGUGUGAGCUGGGAAACAGCACCGUGAACCAGAUCUACGAGGCUCAGUGCGAGGGGCCAGGCAGCAGGAAGCCCACAGCCAGCAGCCCCAGGCAGGACAAGGAGGCCUGGAUCAAGGACAAGUAUGUGGAAAAGAAGUUCCUGCGGAAGCCGCCCUCCGCACCAGCCCGGGAGGCCCCUCGGCACUGGCGGGCACAGAAGUGCCAGCGCCACCACAGCUCCCCCCGAGCCCCCGCUGCGCGCCGCAAGGUCCGCCUGGAGCCUGUCCUGCCCUCCGUGGCUGCUCUGUCCUCAGCAGGUGCUGUGGAACGCAAGUUCCGGAGGGACUCUCUCUUCUGCCCAGAUGAGCUGGACUCCCUCUUCUCCUACUUUGACGCAGGGGCUGCUGCAGCUGGUCCACGUAGUCUGAGCAGCGACAGUGGCUUAGGGGGCAGCUCUGACGGCAGCUCGGACGUUCUGGCCUUCGGCGCAGGCUCCGUGGUGGACAGCGUCACCGAGGAGGAGGGUGCAGAGUCUGAGGACUCCAGCGGUGAGGCGGACGGAGAGGCUGAGGCCUGGGGCCUGGCAGACGUGCGUGAGCUGCACCCCGGGCUCCUGGCGCACCGUGCGGCGCGCACCAGAGACCUCCCUGCGCUGGCCACGGCGCUGGCGCACGGGGCGGAGGUCAACUGGGCGGACACGGAGGACGAGGGCAAGACGCCAUUGGUGCAGGCUGUGCUAGGGGGCUCCUUGAUUGUCUGUGAAUUCCUUCUACAAAACGGAGCAGACGUGAACCAAAGAGACAGCCGGGGCCGGGCGCCCUUGCACCACGCCACACUCCUGGGGCGCACGGGUCAGGUCUGCCUGUUCUUGAAGCGGGGAGCUGACCAGCAUGCCUUGGACCACGAGCAGCAGGACCCGCUGACCAUCGCGAUCCAGGAGGCAAACGCAGACAUAGUCACGCUGCUCCGUCUGGCGCGCAUGGCCGAGGAGAUGCGAGAGGCCGAGGCGCCCCCGGGCCAGCCAGGCCCCCUGGCGGGUAGCAGCCCCACGGAACUCCAGUACCGCAGGUGCAUCCAGGAGUUCAUCAGCCUCCACCUGGAGGAGAGCUAGGGCGGGGCGGACCGGGUCUGGACCGCCCUGUCCCCCCCGCCCGCCUGCCCCGCCUGUGGUGGCCACGGGCCCAUUUCUUGAGAGCCCCGGGGCCUGUGUGGCCCUGGAGCCCUGGCUGCCUGCUCUGCCCUCCUCGGAGCUGCCCUGGCCCCUCGGGCUGGGAGAGACCCCAGCACUGAGUCUUAAGAAGCCCCACAUUUCCCCCUGGGAGGUGCUGCGUCGUCUGGUGCCCCUCACCACACCUGGGGACCCCGUGUCUUCAGGUGACCCCUUUCUUGGGCACCUGGGUUGCUCAUGUCACAAACCACUCUGAAGGCCCAGCGUCACCUUGUGCCCCUCCGUCCAUCCUAGGACCUGUGUCCUCUCUGCCUUCAGGGCUUGUGUCACCUCGUGCCCCCACCUUUACUGCCGUAGAACACUGACCUGCUAGUUGGGUCCCUCCUACACACCCCCAGAGCCCCUCUGCUAGGCCCUGGGGCUGGUGGCUGGCCAUCAGCGCCUUUUGAGGGCAGAAGGGCAGCCCAUCCAGGGAAUCAACCCGUGUACCUCACUUAGUGACCGGCAUCCAGGCUGGGCUUCUCGGGUGCUGGGGGGCGGGCUGCGGCCUGGGGCCUCAGCCCUGGCUGGAUGCAGGCGUCCCAAGGCCAUGUGGCUGGCCACGCAGGCCCCAGUGCUGGGCGGCCAGAGACCUGUCCCUGCCUCCUCCAGAGGCACUUGGCCCCGAGCCGGUGCAUAAAGGACUUUGGCACUUUCCACCCCUGCAUCCGACAUUCUUGGUCACAGACUGAGCAGAUUUUCUACGACCUCUUUCUCACUUUGUCUGCGUCUCUUCUCCGUGGACUCUCGAGGACCACCUUGACGCCCCUGGCUCUGCCUGCUGCCGGGGAGGCUCCUGCAGGUGUGCCUGCCCGUCGCCGGCCUCACCUCUCUGCUGGGCCCUUGGGCGGGUCCACACGUCCCUCAGCUCACUCCCCAGGGCCCACCAAGGCGUUCAUUCUGCAGUCCCCUUUCCUGGAGCCCUGGGGCAGUGGCUGGGCCUCUCCCCAACUUACGUCCUUGGUCUGGCCAAGGCCAGUUGGCUGGUCACUAUGCAAAAGCUGUCCAGGGAGGCUCCAUGGGCGGCAAGGUGGGUGCUGACUGAGGCCCCCCCAACUCCCUUGCCUGUCGGCUGUGACCCCUAAAGAGCAGAAUUAACUCCCUCCUUUCUCCCUGCUUGAGCUCUGCCCCUGCCUCCCACCCCACUACCUGCAUCAGGGCCUCGGGCUGGCAGGACCCGCCCCCUGCCCCAGACCACGGUUAAUAAACUGCUGCUUGC